CUGUUAUUAUCGAAGGUGUGCUGAAUUUAAUUUAUUGUUACAAACUUACCUGUUUAAUUAUUAUGCUAUUUACUGUCUUAUUUUGUUGUUUCAUUAUGACGUAUUAAGCAUUACAGUGAUUUCCUGUUUUUAUUGUGUACUGAACCCCACACCUGCGUGCCCAGACAGAUCUAUCUGUUGUGCUCCGCGCUUUGUUACAGUCUGCUGUCUCUGGACUCCUGUGCAUCUUGAGCUGCAUUGUUACAACUGGCUGUGGAUGCUGAUUUUCUGUUUUAUUCACCGGUGAGACAACUUCUCCAGAAUGUGCUGUGCCCCUCACCCAAUGUCAGCAGGGAUCAUCAGUUCCAGCCCCCCACUGCUCUCUGGAUAAUCAGAGAGAAACCCAUGAUGCUUAUCUGUAAUCGAGCAGGAACUAUUGAGGACUUGCUGAGGAGAAGUGCACAGUUUAGAAAAAAUACUGGAAAAAACAAAAGCAAGGAGCUUGUUAUGUGCAUCUUGAGCUGCAUUGUUACAGCUGGCUGUGGACGCUGAUUUUCUGUUUUAUUCACCGGUGAGGUAAGACAACUCAAAGGACCAAUGGACAAACCUGUUUUGAAGGAAAAACGCCAAUGCUGCUAUGCUUAGCAAUUAUGAGGUGUUCAAACUCCUGACGGACUUGAAGGAACAGAGGAAAGACAGCGGGAAGAACAAACACAGCGCCGGGCAGCAGAACCUCAACACCAUCAUGUAUGAGACGCUGAAGUACCUGUCGAAGAUGCCCUGCAGCAGGCAGAGCCCAGAGAUUGUCAAAGACUUCCUCACCACCAUGAUGCCUCACAAACUCACAAAGGCAGAAAAACUGCAGUUGUUGAACCACCGGCCACAAACAGCAGUGGAAAUUCAGCUAAUGGUGGAAGAAAGUGAAGAGCGGUUAUCAGAGGAGCAGAUUGAGGAGCUCAUCCAGACAGUUGCAGAGGUCCUACCUGGUGACCCGGAGCAGGAAAAUGCAGCUCCAGCAGAGGCAGAGAUGGAUGAAGCUGGUGAACAGUCAUGACUCAGUGACAGGAUAGAGAUGACUCAUUCUGUAGGUGGAGAACUGGGCUGGAGGCGUUUACCUGAACCAUUUAGCAUCACAGUUUGAAUUCAACAACAUGGGAUGGGACGCACAACGGCUGCGUGGCUGUGGCUUAAAAGGACCUCAGAUCAGAUCAGCAGGUUGUUUCUGAUUUGCAUUUACGGAGCUGGAUUCAGGUCAAACAUGCACAAGCUUCUGUAAGUGCAUGUUUUUGUACAGUGAGUCACAGAUGUCUUGUUUUGCAUCUGACUGCUCUAAUUUGUAUAUCGCAUCAAACAAUGUUUAUGCAGAGACAGUCUGCUAUUAACCUGGUUUAUUUUUGGUUUCUGACUUAAUGUUAGUCAUCACUUUCUAUUAUGGUUCAAAUAAGGGUUUUCACUGCUGUAUGAUUUCCAAGCUGUCGUAUAACGUAUCAUGCAAUUAAAUUGCUACAUUGGUACAAGGCACUAACAUACAGUAUUAACAGAGUGGCUGUGUAAUAAAGGGAGUCGAGAGUAUGAACCAAGA